AUGCUCCACGUCGUCGAGGAGCUCCCUGACUUCACUCCCCACGCUGUCGCCCUCUAUGUCAACGUCGGCACUCUCUCCCCCUCCUGGCUUCCCGCCAUGACGACCGCCACCCAAAUCUGCAAUACAGUCCAGACGCCCUGGGUCCUGGACCCCGUGGCCGCCUCAGCCUCCACCUUCCGCUUCAAAGCCUGCCAGGAACUGCUCCGUCUCAAGCUCACCGUUGUCAGAGGAAACGCCUUUGAGAUCAUCGCGCUCUCACUCGCUUUCGCAAAACCGAACGCCGGUUCUUCCAAGUUAACACACCUUAAAGAUUCCAUGGAGUUGGUGACUAAGAUAGUUGUAAAGGAAAAGGGGCAACCUAGAGUAAUGGCCCGAACAGAAUCUCUGUAUCGUGGUGGCAGACCUAAAAGAGGAUGGAGGAUUGCUGGAACCAUAUGGGAUUCGUGA